AUGCCACCCUACACAACCAGCCAAAAACACCAAAUCGCUGAUUUUGUCAGCUGUACGCAGACAAAAGACUCAGUUGCUGUUAAAUUCCUUAAAGCAUGUGGUUGGAGUUUACCUCCCGCGCUUGAUGCUUUCUUCGCCGCUGCGUCUGGCACCUCCGCAAGUAUAACCUCAGAACUUACAAAGACCUUCGACCACUACCGAGAUGACCCAGUCGAAAGCCCAGAUACCAUCGGUAUCACACGAGCAAUAGAGUUCCUCGGUGAUCUGAAGGUCGAGCUCGACGAAGUGACCUGUCUAGCCAUCGCCGAGCUCCUCAAAUCACCAUCGAUGGGCGAGUUUACCCGCGAAGGAUGGAGGGAAGGAUGGCUUGGAGUUGGCUGUGACACCAUACCAAAAAUGCAAGCGCACGCCAAGCUCCUACGGGAGCGAAUCCCACAAGAUCCAUCCCUCUUCCGACGAGUCUACAGAUACGCAUUCCCGCUCUCACGAAUGCAAGGACAGCGCAACCUGCAAUUCGAGAUCGCCGCCGAGCAGUGGCGUCUCUUCUUCACGACUGAUCAUGGCGGUGUGGCGUGGAACACGGCGACGACGCCCUGGCUGGAUUGGUGGAUUGAGUUCCUUGAAGAGCGCGGGAAAAAGCCUGUUAAUAAGGAUCUGUGGGAGCAGGUUGAGGUGUUUAUGCGCAAGAGUCUCGAGGAUGAGGAGAUGGGCUGGUGGAGUCCUGAUGGGGCUUGGCCUGGUGCGCUGGAUGACUUUGUUGCUUGGGUGCAGGCUAAGCGGGGGAAGGGAUCAGAGAUGGAGGUUGAAUAA